GAGAGGCCGCGCGCCGGCCAGGCGGGAGGGGCCGGAGCUCGCGUUCCUCCCCCCUACCGGUCCUCGUCCUUAAAGUACGAGUCCGGACGCCCCGCCUGUUGGAGAGGGCGCCGGGAUCCCAAGGGCGAACAGUUGAGGCAGGCCAGGGCCGACCGACAAGGGCCUGUUUCCGGCUGGCACGCGAGUGCCUCGGCCGCAACCGAGUGUUGCGGGAGCUGUGAGGGAAGGGGUCCCGGGCGCCAUUGUUGGCGGUCGGAGCACCUCCGGGCCCCAGUCCACCGUGGGUCGGGAGGAGCUGUCGCUCGGGGCAGUCACCAGCCUCUGAGCCAGGAUCGAGAAUCUGGCAUCUCGUCCUCCGGCCCGCAGCUUUACCUACUGCCCGCCCCGGGCAGCGCCGGCCGAGACCAUGUUUGACAAGACGCGGCUGCCGUACGUGGCCCUGGAUGUGCUCUGCGUUGUCCUGGCUGGAUUGCCUUUUGCAAUUCUUACUUCAAGGCAUACCCCCUUCCAACGAGGAAUAUUCUGUAAUGAUGAGUCCAUCAAGUACCCUUACAAAGAAGACACCAUACCUUAUGCGUUAUUAGGUGGAAUAAUGAUUCCAUUCAGUAUUGUCGUUAUGAUUAUUGGAGAAACCCUGUCUGUUUACUGUAACCUCUUGCACUCAAAUUCCUUUAUCAGGAAUAACUACAUAGCCACUAUUUACAAAUCUAUUGGAACCUUUUUAUUUGGUGCAGCUGCUAGUCAAUCCCUAACUGACAUUGCCAAGUAUUCAAUAGGCAGACUGCGGCCCCACUUCUUGAGUGUUUGUGACCCAGAUUGGUCUAAAGUCAACUGCAGUGAUGGUUACAUUGAGUACUACGUAUGUCGAGGGAAUGCAGAAAAAGUUAAGGAAGGCAGAUUGUCCUUCUACUCAGGCCACUCUUCGUUCUCCAUGUACUGCAUGGUCUUCGUGGCCCUUUAUCUUCAAGCCAGGAUGAAGGGAGACUGGGCAAGACUCUUACGUCCUACACUGCAGUUUGGUCUUGUUGCUGCAUCCAUUUAUGUAGGCCUUUCUCGAGUUUCUGAUUACAAACACCACUGGAGUGAUGUAUUGACUGGACUUAUUCAAGGAGCUAUUGUUGCAAUAUUAGUUGCUGUAUAUGUAUCAGAUUUCUUCAAGGCAAGAAACUCUCCUUUUCAAGAAAGAAAAGAGGAAGACUCUCAUACCACUCUGCAUGAAACACCAACAGCAGGAAAUCACUACCGGAGCAAUCACCAGCCUUGAAGGGUGGCAGAUGAAGCUGGCCUGCUUUUUAAAGGAAAACAACUGCUACCAGAAGGCAAGAGGAUGAUGUAUCUGUCGUCCUGGUGUAGAGGCCUUUAUGGACUGCCGCUGCUGCUACUAUACCUCUUGGAUGCCCACUUUAUCUGUGUAAAUAGUUACAGUUAACACAAUGUUAUCUAAUAGCUGAAGUUCAUUCAAGAAAUUUCAAGCUUUCCACUAAAACAAUGCCCCACCUAUACAUUUUUAUUAAAAAAUGUAAUGCUUA